CCUGAGAGGAGGUAGUGAAGGCACCGUUUUCCCUGGGUUUAUGUUUUCUCUGUGAGAGUGGCCUCCAUAGCGACACAGAUAACAAGUCAUUCCCACGAUACCACUAUACCAAGCUGUUGCCCCAUCUCUUACCUGAAAUGUCGGACAAAAGAGAAGUCAACGAGAGUCAUUCAGCUUCGAUCGUCUAUGAUGUCUACGAACGGAAUCAAAACAAAGGACCACCACCUGCUUCUCCUUAUGGUGCUACAGCGCCAAAUGUGAGCUAUGCACCGAUGAUUGCCUCGGGUGCACCACCGUCGUACGUGGAGAGCCUGAGUCAUCAAGUUGUUGCAGGGCCUGGUGUACCACAUCAGUUUUCUUCGCCAUAUGUGACUCAAGCCAGUGCUGCAGCAGCCUCUGCUGCACAGUUGCAGAAUUAUAAGGAUUAUUAUCUCAAGCUUCAUCUUCGCUCCAUGCUACAAUCACAUGGUGAAGUACAAGCUGACACUAUACCUCCCUCCUCAUCACUACUACAGUAUGAGGAUGUAUAUCCACUUCAACUGUCAGAAAUGCUACAGAGCAUGGCAGCUGCUCAGCAGGCUCAGAAACUAGCCUAUUCCCAGCAGGCUUAUCAGCAGCAGCAGACAGCCCUUUACAUGCAGCAGCAACAGCAGUUGUAUCUCCAGCAACUACAAGGAUACUAUCAACCUCAUGCCCCACCACCAGGAGCAGGUGCUGCACAAGUUCCCGGUCUGCAGCCUGGCCAGAAUGUUUUGAUUAUGCCUUUUUUUCAGAAUGGUUAUGAUUCUGGGGCCCGUUUUGAUGGCAUUGCUCAACCCUCCAUCCCUCCACCUCCACCAGGCAUUGCCCCUAAUGCUGCUCAGUUAGCUGCUGCAUCUGGGACACAGGUCUCAAUGACCCAGAAGAAGGGUUCCUUUUUAAAUGGUGGCUCAGGUGGAGGCUACACUUUCUUUUAAGUAUAAUUUGAAGGAAUAUUUUUUUCUCCACUGAAGGUGUAUUGGUUUCAUAUCUUAGGUCUGCAGUUAGCAAGGCAAAUGACACACAGGGUUGCAAAUAAAACAAUGGGUUUUCAAUGUUUAAAUAUUAUAGAUAAUUUUCAAGUUUAGUAUUUGAUAAUCAAUUGUUGUUCACUGAGAUUAAAUUUUUACAAUGUGUCUACAGAUAUUAAAUUUAAAGAGGUUCCAUUAGAAAAUUUUCUUUUAACACAAAUUGUUCCAGUACAAUUGGAAGGAGUGUGGAGCAGCAGUGUCUGUGACGUGCCCCGUAUGGAUUAUCAGGUUAACAGGUUAAUAUCUUCAAUGUCUCCCCUUCUAAAUCCCCUAGGGAUUAAAGCAGUCAGUCCUCUUAGACACUGAUUUGAUUAACCUGCAUGCAUAUUUGUUGUAGAGUGAGAUGUUGACAUCAUGGUCUGAAAGUAGUAGUCAGGCACCCCUGUAGGGGAUCUCCUUGGUUCAAGUGAUAUCUGGUGUCAUUGCCUGAUUUUUAGAAUGCUGUUUAAGUCUUGACGUUAGAAGGGUUUAAAAGGGUUUUCAAGAUUUUUGAGAGUAAAAUUGGUACUUUUAUUUUAAUUAUUUUUUUUAGCAAAUUAUUUUGUAUACAUUGCAUAACAUUAAAAGAUGUGAUUAUUUUCUUGCUAUAUUUAUCAAGUAAGAAUUUUCUAGUGUAAUACUACGUUCAUUUGUGCAGUGUAGAACAUGUAUGAUCACUCAUUGUGUAUUCUUUCAAUAUUGUUAUCUGUUGUUAUUAUUUCCUGAUUAUUUUUUAUUCACAACAAUAUUGAGGUAAAGAUUUUAUUUUGUCAUGUUAAGAUAUAGUAGUUUAAAUAAUUGAAGGCCAUAGUAAUAUUUUCCAAGAUUCUUUCUAUAUUGCAAUAUUCAUAAUGCAGAAACAUAUUUUCAUAGGUCUUCCUUGAAAGUAUGAUUUGUAAUCGUUUCUUUGAAAGGAAUAUGUACAUUCUUAAUAUGAUCUUCCCAAAUUGUUUAGUUCAUCGAAUAGUGUCUAUAUUGUCUUGUAAUGUAAAUAAUAGUCUUGUUAAAAUUAUCAGUACGUACCAUCAGAUUAGAAAUUUGGUCAAUUAGUAGGUCUUGUUGCUGUUAAGAAAGUUUAAUAGCAUAUAUUCUGUAUAGAAAUAACAGGAAUUAAAUUUUGUAAAAGGAAUCCUCACUUUUCUACUGUACUUUGGAAGACAGCACAUUGCAGCCUUUGUUUCAUUAUUAUACAUAAACAAUGGCAAUUCUAAUUUUUUUGUGGGUUAGGAUUCUCGUUUUUCACACCCAGGGCUUAAAUACCAACGCACAUACAUAUUCAAUAAUAUGACAAUGAUACAUACUAAUCAUGAAAUUGUAUGUAUGUAUUUUUGUAUAUACAUGUAUUAUGUAUGUAAAUAUACUAGGAAGUGAUAGAUAAAUAACUAUCAUUCCACUUAUUUUAGGGAUUCUCUAGUCCAAGAAAAGCACAUGUUGUGGACCUUUCAAGAAUCCCUUCUCAAUUCUGGUCAGGGUGCUCUUGUAAAAUGGAGUGACGUGUGAAAUCCGUGUGCCAGUGACCAAGAAGACUGAAUCAUCUGUUGUAUUUACUUGCGUGUGUGUGAACAUUGCAUUGAAUAUUAGCCCAGUUGUAUUGACUAGGAUGUGCGUGUGGUAUCUGUAUUGUAAGGAGUGGUUAGAGAAAGUUUUAAGACAGAGUAUAUUCUCUGUUGUUAUAUAGCUAUUCCUUAGUACAUGAGUAAUGGGAAUUUUGUAUGCUAUGGCAUUAUUAUUCCUAUUUGUAUUAAUCACUGCUAACUUGAUGUAUUCUUACUAAUUAAUAGUUUUGAAUCUAAGAAAUGUACUAUAAUCAUUAGAUAUUGCAAUUGUAUGGUAAUUCUUAUGAACAAUAAAAAGAUUGACAAA